UUUACAGGCAUCAUAGAUCUGAUAAAAGAAGAGAGUUGGUGCCCUGCUGAGACCUGUCUGGCUCCAUUGAUGACCUCCCCACAGGAACAGAAGCAACUUUGAGCUCAGCAGUUAGUGCCUCUGGGUCCACAAGCAGCCAGGGGGAUCAGAGCAACCCAGCUCAGUCACCUUUCUCUCCACAUGCAUCGCCCCAUCUCUCCAGCAUCCCAGGAGGCCCAUCACCUUCUCCUGUUGGCUCUCCUGUAGGAAGCAACCAGUCACGAUCUGGCCCAAUCUCUCCUGCAAGUAUUCCAGGCAGUCAGAUGCCACCUCAACCACCUGGGAGCCAGUCAGAAUCCAGUUCCCACCCUGCCUUGAGCCAGUCACCAAUGCCACAGGAAAGAGGUUUUAUGGCAGGCACACAAAGAAAUCCUCAGAUGUCUCAGUAUGGAACUCAACAGACAGGACCAUCCAUGUCACCCCAUCCUUCUCCUGGGGGCCAGAUGCAUCCUGGAAUGAGUAGCUUUCAGCAGAGUAACUCAAGUGGCACUUACGGUCCACAGAUGAGCCAGUAUGGACCCCAAGGUAACUACUCCAGAACUCCAACAUAUAGUGGGGUGCCUGGUGCAAGCUACAGCAGCCCAGGGCCCGGUAUGGGUAUCAAUGCCAACAACCAGAUGCAUGGACAAGGGCCAAGCCAGCCAUGUGGUGCUAUGCCCCUGGGACGAAUGCCAUCAGCUGGGAUGCAGAACAGACCGUUUCCUGGAAGUAUGAGCAGCGUGACGCCCAGUUCUCCUGGCAUGUCUCAGCAGGGGGGGCCAGGAAUGGGGCCACCAAUGCCCACUGUGAACCGUAAGGCCCAGGAGGCUGCUGCAGCCGUGAUGCAGGCUGCCGCAAAUUCAGCACAAAGCAGGCAAGGCAGUUUUCCUGGCAUGAACCAGAGUGGACUCAUGGCUUCCAGUUCUCCCUACAGCCAGCCCAUGAACAACAGCUCCAACCUGAUGAGCACACAGGUGCCACCCUACAGCAUGGCACCCACCAUGGUGAACAGCUCUACAGCAUCUAUGGGUCUUGCAGAUAUGAUGUCUCCUGGUGAAUCCAAACUACCCAUGCCUCUCAAAGCAGACGGCAAAGAAGAAGGCACUCCACAGCUCGAGAGCAAGUCAAAGGAUAGCUACAGCUCUCAGGGUAUAUCUCAGCCCCCAACCCCAGGCAACCUGCCAGUCCCUUCCCCAAUGUCCCCCAGCUCUGCUAGCAUCUCCUCCUUUCAUGGAGAUGAGAGUGAUAGCAUUAGCAGCCCAGGCUGGCCAAAGACUCCAUCAAGCCCUAAGUCCAGCUCGUCCACCACUACUGGGGAGAAGAUCACAAAGGUGUAUGAGCUGGGGAACGAGCCAGAGAGGAAGCUGUGGGUUGAUCGAUACUUGACUUUUAUGGAAGAGAGGGGAUCCCCUGUCUCUAGUCUGCCUGCAGUGGGCAAGAAGCCGCUGGACCUGUUCCGACUGUAUGUCUGCGUCAAGGAGAUUGGAGGUUUGGCCCAGGUCAAUAAAAACAAGAAGUGGCGUGAGCUGGCAACCAACCUAAAUGUUGGCACUUCAAGCAGCGCAGCAAGCUCCCUGAAAAAGCAGUAUAUUCAGUACCUGUUUGCCUUUGAGUGCAAGAUCGAACGAGGGGAGGAGCCCCCGCCGGAAGUCUUCAGCACUGGGGACACGAAGAAGCAACCCAAGCUCCAGCCGCCAUCUCCUGCUAACUCAGGAUCCUUGCAAGGUCCACAGACCCCCCAGUCAACUGGCAGCAAUUCCAUGGCAGAAGUUCCAGGUGACCUGAAGCCACCUACCCCAGCCUCCACUCCUCAUGGACAGAUGACUCCGAUGCAAGGUGGAAGAAGCAGUACAAUCAGUGUGCAUGACCCAUUCUCAGACGUGAGUGAUUCAUCUUUCCCAAAACGGAACUCCAUGACUCCAAACACCCCAUACCAGCAGGGCAUGGGCAUGCCAGACAUGAUGGGCAGGAUGCCCUAUGAACCCAACAAGGACCCCUUUGGUGGAAUGAGAAAAGUGCCUGGAAGUACUGAGCCUUUUAUGACUCAAGGACAGAUGCCCAACAGCAGCAUGCAGGACAUGUAUAACCAGACUCCCUCAGGGGCAUUGUCCAAUCUGGGCAUGGGACAGCGGCAGCAGUUUCCCUAUGGGGCCAGUUAUGAGCGAAGGCAUGAGCCUUAUGGGCAGCAGUAUCCAGGCCAAGGUCCUCCCACAGGACAGCCGCCGUAUGGAGGCCACCAGCCUGGCCUGUACCCGCAGCAGCCGAAUUACAAGCGCCAUAUGGAUGGCGUGUACGGACCUCCAGCUAAACGCCACGAGGGGGACAUGUUCAACAUGCAGUAUGGCAGCCAGCAGCAAGACAUGUAUAACCAGUACGGGAGCUCUUACGCCGGCCCAGACCGGAGGCCCAUCCAGGGGCAGUAUCCGUACCCCUACAACAGAGAGAGGAUGCAGGGUGCCGGCCAGAUGCCACCACAUGGAAUCCCACCCCAGAUGAUGGCUGGCCCAAUGCAGUCAUCCUCCAGCGAAGGGCCGCAGCAGAAUAUGUGGGCCGCACGCAAUGAUAUGCCUUAUCCCUACCAGAACAGGCAGGGCCCAGGCGGCCCUGCACAGGCACCCCCUUAUCCAGGCAUGAACCGCACGGACGAUAUGAUGGUACCUGAUCAAAGGAUCAAUCAUGAGAGCCAGUGGCCUUCCCAUGUCAGCCAGCGCCAGCCUUACAUGUCGUCUUCAGCCUCCAUGCAGCCCAUCACACGCCCACCUCAGUCAUCCUAUCAGACUCCACCAUCACUGCCAAACCACAUCUCCAGGGCACCCAGUCCAGCUUCCUUCCAGCGCUCCCUGGAGAACCGCAUGUCUCCAAGCAAGUCUCCCUUUCUGCCUGCAAUGAAGAUGCAGAAGGUCAUGCCCACGGUCCCCACAUCCCAGGUCACUGGGCCACCACCCCAGCCACCUCCAAUCAGAAGGGAGGUUACCUUUCCCCCUGGUUCCGUGGAAGCAUCACAACCGGUCCUGAAGCAAAGGCGAAAGAUGACCUCAAAAGACAUUGUUACUCCUGAGGCAUGGCGUGUGAUGAUGUCCCUUAAGUCAGGUCUGCUGGCUGAAAGUACUUGGGCUUUGGACACUAUCAACAUUCUUCUGUAUGACGACAGCACUGUUGCUACUUUCAAUCUCUCCCAGUUGUCUGGAUUUCUCGAACUUUUAGUAGAGUACUUUCGAAAAUGCCUGAUUGACAUUUUUGGAAUUCUUACGGAAUAUGAAGUGGGUGACCCCAGCCAAAAAGCACUUGACCGCCGUGCAGGGAGGAGAGAUGACAGCCAGUCUUCCACCGACGAUUCUGGGAACGAGGAAGAUGAUGCUGAAUGUCUUGAUGAGGACGAGGAUGAGGACGACGAGGAUGAAGAUGGCGACAAGACAGAACUGGAGGCGAAGAGCUGCACUGCUGUCCCCACUGCGGAUGCUACUGCAGACCCCAAGGAGAAGCCCAAGCAGGCCAGUAAGUUUGACAAGCUGCCCAUAAAGAUCGUCAAAAAGAACAACCUGUUCGUGGUGGACAGGUCUGACAAGCUGGGCCGUGUGCAGGAGUUCAGCAGCGGGCUUCUGCACUGGCAGCUCGGGGGCGGCGACACCACAGAGCACAUCCAGACUCACUUCGAGAGCAAGAUGGAAAUCCCGCCUCGCAGACGCCCGCCUCCCCCUUUAAGCUCCACGGGUAGAAAGAAAGAGCCAGAAGGCAGAGGUGGUUCUGAAGAGCAGCCAGAGAAAAGCAUAGUGGCCACCAUCGAUGACGUCCUGUCUGCUCGGCCAGGGGCCCUGCCGGAAGAUGCAAACCCCGGGCCUCAGGCCGAAAGCGGCAAGCUCCCCUUCGGUAUACAGCAAGCCAAAAGUCACAGGAACAUCAAGCUGCUGGAGGACGAGCCCAGGAGCCGCGACGAGACUCCCCUGUGCACCACCGCGCACUGGCAGGACUCGCUGGCCCGGCGCUGCAUCUGUGUCUCCAACAUCGUGCGGAGCUUGUCUUUCGUGCCUGGCAACGACGCCGAGAUGUCCAAACAUCCAGGCUUGGUGCUGAUCUUGGGGAAGCUGAUUCUUCUUCACCACGAGCAUCCAGAGCGGAAACGAGCGCCACAGACCUAUGAGAAGGAGGAGGACGAGGACAAGGGGGUGGCCUGCAGCAAAGAUGAGUGGUGGUGGGACUGCCUCGAAGUCUUGCGGGAUAACACACUGGUCACGUUGGCCAACAUCUCUGGGCAGCUAGACUUGUCUGCGUACACGGAAAGCAUCUGCUUGCCCAUUCUGGAUGGCUUGCUGCACUGGAUGGUGUGCCCAUCUGCGGAGGCACAAGACCCCUUUCCCACGGUGGGACCCAACUCGGUCCUGUCGCCACAGAGACUCGUGCUGGAGACCCUCUGUAAACUCAGUAUCCAGGACAACAACGUGGACCUGAUCUUAGCCACACCUCCGUUUAGUCGUCAGGAGAAAUUCUAUGCCACGUUAGUUAGGUACGUUGGGGAUCGUAAAAACCCAGUCUGUCGAGAAAUGUCCAUGGCGCUUUUAUCGAACCUUGCCCAGGGGGACGCGCUGGCAGCAAGGGCAAUAGCUGUGCAGAAGGGAAGCAUCGGGAACUUGAUAAGCUUCCUAGAGGACGGGGUCACGAUGGCGCAGUACCAGCAGAGCCAGCACAACCUCAUGCACGCGCAAGCCCCGCCUCUGGAGCCGCCAAGCGUGGACAUGAUGUGCAGGGCGGCCAAGGCUCUGCUGGCCAUGGCCAGAGUGGACGAGAACCGCUCGGAGUUCCUCUUGCACGAGGGCCGGUUGCUGGAUAUCUCCAUAUCAGCUGUCCUGAACUCCCUGGUUGCGUCUGUCAUCUGUGACGUACUGUUUCAGAUUGGGCAGUUAUGACAUAAGUGAGAAGGCAAGCAUGUGUGAGUGAAGACUAGAGGGUCACGUGUAACUGGCUGUUUUCUGUUCUUGUUUCUCCAGCGUAGGAAGAAGGAAAAGAAAAUCUUUGUUCCUCUGCCCCAUUCACGAUUUACCAAUUGGGAAUUAAAGAAAUCAUUAAUUUGAACAGUUAUAAAAUGAAUAUUUGCUGUCUGUGUGUACAAGUACAUCCUUUUUGGGGUUUUUUUAUUUCUUUUGUUUUUUAACCAAAGUUGCUGUCUAGUGCAUUUAAACGUCAUCUUUUGUUUUUCACAGAUUUUCUUUUUAAUGUUCUUUUCCAUGUUGUAUUACAUUUUGGGGAAGCAAAUUGACUUUAAAGAGAAAGGUUUGGCAAAAUAUUCUGAGAUGGGAGCAUUGCACCACACUGAUGCAUAAAGGUGAAAAGUUUAUCAAUUUCUUAAGCGUUUUAUUCUUUGGAGAAUAAAAAAAAAAAUUCCGCAUCCCAACACCCAAAGCUCUGUGCAAUAGAAACGUCUUAGAGAUACAGGGAUAGGCCCAAAGAGGUGUGCCAGUCGGUAUCAGAACUGUGAAGGAAAAUGGCUUCUCCACAGGAAAAUGGUUACACUAGGCUAGGAGCAAAAACAUUGUCUUCUAAGUUAGGGGUGGAGAUACGUACCUGACAGCGAGCAACGGAAAUUGCUUCCUCACCACUAUCGCCAUGUCUGCUGUCUGUCAUUUGGCCCCAUGUGACAGUUCUUCACAAUUCCUUUAAUCAUUUUUUAAAUAUUUUUUUUACUGCCUAUGGGCUGUGAUGUAUAUAGAAGUUGUACAUUAAAAUACCCUCAUGUUUUUCUUUUGUUUUUCUUUUUUUUUAAUUAGUACAAAGUUUUUAGUUUCUUUUUCAUGAUGUGGUAACUACAAAGUGAUGGUAGACUUAAAUAAUUUUUUAUUUUUAUUUUAUAUAUUUUUUCAUUAGGGCCAUAUCUCCAAAAAAAGAAACAAAAAAUACAAAAAACAAAAACAAACAAAAAAAAAAAAAACAAAAAAAAGAGGGUAAUGUACAAGUUUCUGUAUGUAUAAAGUCAUGCUCUGUUUCCAGAGGGCAGCUGAUCACAAGUUGCUUCCUGAAUCAAGGCGUGGAAAUGGUUGCAUAUGGACUGACUUAGAGAGUGGUCACCAGUACAGACACAAAGCAAAACUACAACUAAAAGGAAGAAACACGACUUCAAAGAUUUUUCAGUGACAAGAAUCCACAUUUGUAUUUCAAGAUAAUGUAGUUUAAAAAAAAAAGAAAAAAACUUGUGUAAAUUCCUCCUUUUCCUCUGGCUUAAUGAGUAUCAUUUAUUCAGUAUAAAAUCUUUAUAUGUUCCACAUGUUAAGAAUAAAUGUACUAAAUCUUGUUAAGCACUGUGAUGGGUGUUCUUGAGUACUGUUCUAGUUUCCUUAAAGUGGUUUCAUGGUAACCAAGUUAUUCACAGGAAGUAGGAGAAAUACAGCAGUGUCCUCCUCGUUAAAAACCCAAAGGUCAGAAAGGACCUUUCCGGUUCACCUACUUUAGAGUGGGGAGCAGCAGUUUGAUUUUCUCAAAUCAUUUAGAUAAUUAGUCUUUCUUUGAAGCAAUUAACUCUACGGACAUUGAGGUGUGCUGAUUUUCCUUAUAGAUGGGAGGUGGCUGCCAGCCCACAUGAGGUGAGAUCUCCAAAGCUUACCGGCCUGAAAAUGUAAUGAUCUGCCUUUUACUAACUCCACCUUAAUUUUAAUCAAAAUCCAAUCUAUCCCGUGUUUCUUCUAUGUGCCUCGAAGUUACUCUGCAUUUAGUUUACUCCACCAUGUGUAAUAUUUAUAUUGUACAAUGUUAAAAAGAUAUGUUAUAUUGUAUGUGGCGGACAUAGUGCAAAGUGAUUAUUUCUGUUUCAGGCCAUAUGAUUCUCAUAUCCUUCCUACCUGGUGCACAGUAGCUUUUUAGUACUCGUCAGUUCUGAGUUAAACUUUUUCUUUCUGGGUCAUUGACUGUUAUUGUGUAACAAUCAAUUGCUAAGACGCUGCUGAAUCACUAUGCUGUUAGUGGACCCUUCUUACUCUGAUUCUACCUCUCUCACACCUCUGUCAAUCACAGCAUACGCAGCAACUCCCAGGCCCGCGCCACACUUGUUACCUUGGCUCACCUUACUCCCAGUUAGACAGGAACAUGCAGCUAUGUUCAGAGUGAGACGUGACUCCAGUGUCACAAGAAAAAUAAUCACCCUGCCAGCAGUCUCAUCCUCCAUCAGCUCCCACACCACCUAGUCAGUCUUACAUAACAACACAGCCAAAUAGAUGUUGAAUCAAAGACCCAUUUAUAAUUCUACUUUAAAUACGUCUUCUUGUGAAGAACAGAUUUAAUGUUCCAAGCUUAAAAUACAGAGAUUUGUAAGAGGGAAUUCAAUAUUCUAAUUUCUCUCUUACAGAGUAUGAAUAAAAGGUGUUUGUGAACUCUGAAUUCUUUUGUCAAUCACAAGGGUAAAACCACUAUGAAAAAGACUUGUUGCGCUUUGAGCUGUAGCCGACCCCCAGAGUGCGGCCACAGAGCGCUCUCCCUGUCACGCAGCAGAGGCCCUAGGUCCUCCAGAAGACCUAGCUCCUUUCUCCGCUCUCACCCCACAAUCAAGACUUACCGAAGCCCACGAAGAAUUUACGGCCUGCUUCAGAUCAUCUUGCCUACAAACUGAGUUACUGCUUUGUCCUAAAAAUUAAGUUGGUUUUUUUUUCCCAUGAGGCUUUUCACAAAUUUACAGGAUACCCAUAUUUUAAAAUGUGUACCAAAAAAGAUUAAAAAAAAAUAAUAAAGGUGCAAAGAAAGUUUAGUAUUUUGGAAUGGUGCUAUAAAGUUGAAUCUGUUGGUAUUUGAGUGAAUUUUUUGCAUGUCACGUAAGAGCUACUGGGUGGCAUCUGUUCAAAAAAUAGCCGUGUGAGUGUUUGAGUUGAGAAGGGUAUAGAUCCGUUUCUACUGGUGAAUGUGGCUCUUCACAGUCAGUUAAACUGUUACUCAGGUUGUAAUGGUAACUUUCUAGAAGCAGACAUGGCAGCCUUAUGCAUUGUCAGCUCUUAAGCGGCCCCUUACAGAAAGCAGACAGCCUUUCCCUGACAUGCAUCCAUUUCC